AUGACAUCAUAAAACGCCACAGGAAAGAGCAAACAGAUGCCAGUGCCACGGGGGACAGGCAAAGGCAGCAGGUCAAGAACAGGAAUUCAGCACAUGGGUUUGGGCGGCCCCGUUUCCAUGCCUGGAUGCAGAGGAAUUUGCAAGGACCUAACUGUUUCAGAAGAGGGUUUGGACAACAACAAUACACUCGGAGGCAAUUCAGGAAUACUGCGCCCGGUCCCAGGAGAAGAGCAGCUGCUGCACUGAGUGGAGUGAGCCCUUUAAAUCGCCAGACAUCAGCUCAAGAGGGCAAGAACAACAAUACUUUCACCAAAAGCAGCAGCAGUGGACAGCCAGAGGGACGGCGGCGGCUACCUCCAGGCCCCAAGAGGUUCAGAGCAGCUGCUGCCAGCACCCACACCCCAGGAAGAAGGCCUUUCCUGCUAAACAGGGGACCAGUCUUCCAGCAGAAGCGGAUGCAGCAGAGGUUCUCCAAAGCCAACUUUCAGAGAAGACAGAUGGAUGCUAAUGGAGGAGGGAAACCACCGAGAAUGAGAAGGUGGCAAGUGAAACCCAGCCCUGGAGCAGUUCUGACGGUUUCUGUGGCUAAUCCCCAGGCAGGCCAGACCAGCACGCCCGGAUCCAAGCGCCCGUUCCUGCGAAGCCAGAGGCCCCCACCGCGGAUGGCCAAGCCCCAGCCUAAAGGGGUGCUGCUGAGAUUCAACUUCCGUGCAAUGGCCAACCAGACCAGCCUGACGCUGGAUGAGAGGUUCUCUGGUCUGCGGAAUAAAAGGCGCUUUACAGCAGCCAGGAGCAGCGGCCGGACGGUCACCAUGCCUUAG